AUGGGCGACGGACAUUUGGCCGACAGACAUUUCACCGACGGACAUUUGCCCGAACGGACAUUGUACCGAACGGACGAAAUGUUCACUUCCCCAAGUAACCGACACGACCACACGCUGCAAGAAAUGACGGAUUUAAAGGAAGGCACAGCAGAGGAAGAUAUUGAAACAGAUAUCCCAAGAACAGAAGCAAAACACAGAAAGUUCCAACAGUUAAGAACAGAAGUUAUCACUGUUGAUGGUCCUUACAAACAGAAGACUCAUCAGAUGACCGGAGCUCUGCCGUGGUUUGAGGAGCGGCCAUUGAAUGUGACUGCUCCUUCAGGAGUGGUGGUAGAGUUGACGUGUCGGGCGCGUGGGUCACCCAUGCCUUCAGUAUCCUGGCAGCGGCUAGAUGGCAAGAUACCACAGGGACGCUCCAGGAUAGAUACCCAACAUCAACGGCUGGUGCUAGAGCAGGUGCGGCCUGUUGACUCUGGUGUAUAUGUUUGUGAGGCGGAAAGUGAAGGAGGAACAGUGACUGCCCAAGCCACUGUCACUAUCGUAGACACCCCAACGCUGACACAAAGACAGCAGCGCCUUCAGGUAAUGACAGGAGACACAGCACAAGUUUCGUGUUGUGUGGAAGGUAAGCCUCAGCCUCUUGUACUAUGGCGCCUUCCCACGCCAGACAGAACUGCUGUUCUUGCUCCUGGACAAAGUAAUGACCACAUCUCUGUGUCAGGUGAUGGUCAUACUCUGCAAUUAAAACACGCAACAACAGAAGACAGCGGCAUAUACUACUGUUGGGGUGUCAGCAGUGGUGGAGGUGUAAGUGGAAAAGCAGAGGUGAUGGUGGUGUCAGCUCUUCCACCACCAGUGAUGGGUGUUGGUCCCAGAGAUAUUAAGAUUGCACCAAGGAGUACUGCAGCAUUUCCCUGUGAGGUAGUGAGUGAGGCAGCCCAAGCCACCAUCUCCUGGUGGUACCGUCCAGCUAUCCACCUGCCACCCCGUCAACUAUCCCAAAACACUGCUGAUCACCGACUCUCUCUCCCUGACAAUGGUGCCCUCAUCCUACACAAUGUGCAACUUAAUGACUCCGGGAUCUACACCUGUCGAGCAACGGCUGACUCGGGAACAGUGGAACAAGCUGCAGUACUUCGAGUAGAACAUAAUGCUAACAUUAGUGAACCUUUGCUGCUGCCGGCGCCUCCUACCAAGCCACGUUUAAUAGCUGUAAACCAAACAGCGGUGCAUCUAAGCUGGCUUCCCAACUCACAAGAAGGUAAAGAGACAGGUCACUGGUACACAGUGGAGUACUGGAGACAGGGCUGGGACGAAUGGCGAGUAGCUGACGCUAUCAUGAUGCAGGAGUCAUGCGUUUUGAGUCAUCUCAAGCCAGGGCACACCUACACCUUCCUGGUCCGUGCCGUCAACAACAGAGGGGCAUCAUUCCCCAGUCCCUGGUCAGAUCCAGUCACUACUCACCCUCCUCUUGACCCCAGUCUUACUGUGGACCAGGUCCGCCAGGCUCACCGCCGCCUCUCUCGCCCCAUCAUCACCCUCACUGAUGCUACCACUACUGCCCCUGACAGUGUAAUGCUCACCUGGGACUUUCUGGCCUCGUCAGAUGAAUCUUUGGAGGGUGUGUUGGUGUACUCAGUGACCAAGACUGGCACUGUUCAAGUGGCCACUGUCCUUGGUGCCUCGUCCUUCUCUUACCUCUUUCAGCACCUGAAUGCCAACACUCACUACACCUUCUUCAUCGUUCCAUACUGGCGCAGCAUCGAGGGAACACCUUCCAACUCUCAUUCUCUCACCACACCAGAAGAUGUCCCUUUAUCUGCGCCUGGAGACGUCCGUGUGACAAUUCGUGAGGAAGGCUCUGUACUCAUCAGGUGGUCAAGUAUGACCGCAGAGGAAGCCAGAGGGCAGCUGGUGGGUUACCAGGUAACGUUAAGUCACAAUGGCAGCCAGACAACAGAGACGGUGGAGAACCCUUGGUUGGAAGCUCGUGGCCUCCUUCCUGGCCGCCUCUACACUGUGCGUGUGGCAGCUCUUACAGCAGCAGGUCUUGGGCCCUUCAGUGAUCCAGUCUUGCUGGAUGCUGGUCCAAAUGAUGCCCACAGCAUUCAGAAGGUCAACACAGACAGCGGUGGCACUGUAAUGCACGCAUCGCCACAACCAGAGUGGCUGGUGUACCUGCUAAUACCACUGGUACUGCUGGUGUUUACUACAACUUUGUUGUACGUGAGGCGACUCCGCCAUAAGGUGCCUAUUUGCAACCCAGUCCACACCCCAACUGUUUACCAAGAACCAUCCAUCUGUCCCGACCAUCACUCCAUCAAUAUGUAUAGUGAACGCAAAUCAUGGCGAGCCUCAGAGAGUGACAAAGAUUCCAGUUUGUCAUCAACAAGACUUUUGCGUCCAGAACAAUUAGUGAAUGAGUAUGCAGAACCCAGGAUACAACAGCAGCAGCGACUCAGUACAACAUCAACAGAACCAUAUGCCACUACAUCAUUGUUAACAUCAGUGUCGCCUCAUUUUAACACCAGUGCACACUGGCGGUGUAGUGAUGACUCUGGUGUACAGGUCAACUGGACUGCCUUCCUCCCUCCCCCACCAUCAUAUCCGCCUCCCCCUGAACUCGACCUGGGUAAUCCAACUGGUAGUAACGAUGUACACAGAGAUCGAAGAGUAUGUUCGUCAGCAAAGAUCUACAAGAAGAGCAAGUCGGAGCAGUAUGAACGUCCAUGUGAUGCUGCGUUGGAACACAUUUAUGAUGUGUACACCCAGGUGACUCCCUCUGAGGACAGGGAUGGCUUUCCCUCCUUCAGUACACAAGAUCAUCGUUAUGUUCUCGCUGAUUGUCACUCUUCGCCAGCCACUAAACCCUAUCGUAGCAACACACAUUAGUGUUGGUGUCAUGUACAUGGAAAACGCUGGAGAACACCCAAGAGGACUAAUUACCUCUAAUACUUAACAGUUAGACAUUAAGAUAGUAUACCUGGAGAGGGUUUCGGGGGUCAACGCCCCCGCGGCCCGGUCUGUGACCAGGCCUCAUAGUGGAUCAGGGCCUGAUCAACCAAGCUGUUACUGUUGGCCACAAGUAAACCGAUGUACGAACCACAACCCGGCUGAUCAGAUCAAAAACCUCUCUCUAUUCAGGAACACUAGGCUAUGACUCUCACAGUUCAGCACCUCAGACUAAAGCUAGUCUGUAAGCACACGAGUUGGAAAAACAGCCUCUGGUCUGUAACUGUUAAUCAAAUCCCGGCUUUCUUCCCCUCAGAUGCCUAAAUGUCUGACUCAUUUUACAAAGAGCCUAUUGGAAUAUUAGUGAAAGCCUAUCUGUCAGAGGUUAGAGUAGGAUGUCAGUCUCGCAAUCAUCAUUCCUUGUCCUGAAUGAGUCAGAGGUUAAGCAAAAAUAAGUCACAGGUUAGUUUUCACUGCUUCCCACUAGUACUAGUAGCAGUAAUAUCACUAGUACUAGUAGCAAUAAUAUCAUUAGUAGUACUAGCAGUAAUAUCAUUAGUACUAGUAGCAGUAAUAUCACUAGCACUUGUAGCAGUAAUAAUGUCAGCAAGGCUCACUAAUGUAAAUAAAUAACUUCUUCCACUUCUUUAGGUUUUAUUAAAGGAUCAACAGGAGGAAAAAACAUUGUUCCUUGUAGAGAUUUAAGCCUUCUUCGAAAACUCCAGGUACAAUAUCCAUAUUUUUGCGAACACACUCUGAUACUUUCCAGAAAAACAAAGCCACGUUAAGGAAUAUUUAUAUCGUGAACGAUCACAUUAUGCAGUAAUUUGUAAUUAUUUUCUCGCUGAAGAUUUCCUUGGCUCAUAUGUAAUGUAUUCAUAUCAACCAUAUUUUAGUACCUUUGUUUCUCGCCAGCAUCAUACCAGUACAUAUAUUACAGUACAAUACAGUCAUAUAUAUUGUGUGGUUACAAACCCUCAAGUUCAUUGUUACAGCUGAAAUAUGUUUCACGUACAUUUUUUACAGUCAUAGUCUCUGUUGUCGUUACUUGAAGACAAGUAUAAACUUUUGUAUCAAGUUUGUAUAUAUCCUCGUAACCCCAGUGUGUCACUGAGGCCAAGUUCAGGAACCACUUGUGCAAAGAUACACUGGAUUAUCCAAUGAUAAUGGUACCCUACUCCGUCCUUGAACCACUUUAUGGUGCACAACCACCCUCUACCACCAUAGUGCACAUCCACCCUCCACCACCAUGGCGCACAUCCACCAUCCACCACCAUGGUGCACAUCCACCCUCCACCACCAUGGCGCACAUCCACCAUCCACCACCAUGGCGCACAUCCACCAUCCACUAGCAUAGUGCACAUCCACCAUCCACCAGCAUAGUGCACAUCCACCCUCCAACACCAUAGUGCACAUCCACCCUCCACCACCAUAGUGCACAUCCACCCUCCACUAUGGUGCACAUCCAUCCUCCACCACCAUGGCGCACAUCCACCAUCCACCACCAUGGCGCACAUCCACCAUCCACCACCAUGGCGCACAUCCACCAUCCACUAGCAUAGUGCACAUCCACCAUCCACCAGCAUAGUGCACAUCCACCCUCCAACACCAUAGUGCACAUCCACCCUCCACCACCAUAGUGCACAUCCACCCUCCACUAUGGUGCACAUCCAUCCUCCACCACCAUGGUGCACAUCCACCAUCCACCACCAUGGCGCACAUCCACCAUCCACCAUCAUGGCGCACAUCCACCGUCCACUAGCAUAGUGCACAUCCACCCUCCACCACCAUAGUGCACAUCCACCAUCCACCAGCAUAGUGCACAUCCACCCUCCACCACCAUAGUGCACAUCCACCAUCCACCAGCAUAGUGCACAUCCACCCUCCACCACCAUAGUGCACAUCCACCAUCCACCAGCAUAGUGCACAUCCACCCUCCACCACCAUAGUGCACAUCCACCAUCCACCACCAUAGUGCACAUCCACCCUCCAACACCAUAGUGCACAUCCACCCUCCACCACCAUAGUGCACAUCCACCCUCCACUAUGGUGCACAUCCAUCCUCCACCACCAUGGUGCACAUCCACCUACUACCACCAUGGUGCACAUCCACUCUCAAUCGUGGUGUACAUCCACACUCCACCACCACGGUGUACAUCCACACUCCACCACCACGGUGCACAUCCACCCUCCACCACCACGGUGCACAUCCAUCCUCCACCACCAUGGUGCACUUUCACUCCCUCAACCAGAUAAUAUGCUUUCACACUCCGCCAUCAUAUGGUAUAUAACCAUUCAACAAGCAUAUAAUGGUGCACUUCCAUCCUGCUAGUUUAUGACGGUGCACUCACUACCACACACCAGCGUACACCAGCACUCACUACCACACACCAGCGUACACCAGCACUCACUACCACACACCAGCGUACACCAGCACUCACUACCACACACCAGCGUACACCAGCACUCACUACCACACACCAGCGUACACCAGCACUCACUACCACACACCAGCGUACACCAGCACUCACUACCACACACCAGCGUACACCAGCACUCACUACCACACACCAGCGUACACCAGCACUCACUACCACACACCAGCGUACACCAGCACUCACUACCACACACCAGCACUCACUACCACACACCAGCG